UGUUUGCGUGUUACUGUGGCCUUCCCUUUCAAUUCCUCCUCCUCCUCUCUCUCUCUCUCCUACAGUCGUCACCUUCUUCCUGCCUUUCUUUGCUGCCUGUUGGCUUCAAUUCCCUUCCAUUCAACUGGGUCGUGGAUAUUUAAUCGUCCUCUCUUUCCUUCUUCUUCUUCUGGACAACCCUCUUCAACCGGCUUUCCCCCUUUUUAUUCCCCACUACCACUUUUAAUUCAUUCCCACAAUGGCUCCCACCACUUUGGAACAGGAGAAUCAUGUGCGCGACGCUGAGUUCAACCGUGUCUUGCACGGAAAAUCCGCCCAGUCGCAGGGUGGUAUCGCUGCUAUGCGUGGCAAGGAUGCUGCUGCCCAGAAGGCCGCUGUCGACGAGUACUUCAAGCACUGGGAUAACAAAGCCGCGGAGGACGAGACGGAGGAGAUUCGCGCGGCCCGCCGUGCGGAGUAUGCGACCUUGACCAGACACUACUACAACCUUGCCACCGAUUUCUACGAGUAUGGCUGGGGUUCGUCCUUCCACUUCUGCCGCUUUGCUCCUGGCGAGCCCUUCCGUCAGGCCAUCGCUCGUCACGAACACUACCUGGCCCACACGAUGGGCCUCAAGGCCAACAUGAAGGUGCUCGAUGUCGGCUGCGGCGUCGGCGGUCCCGCCCGCGAGAUUGUCAAGUUCUCCGACGCCAACGUCACCGGUCUGAACAACAACGACUAUCAGAUUGAGCGCGCGACUCGCUACGCUGAGCGUGAGGGCUUGAGCCACAAGCUUAACUUCGUCAAGGGCGACUUCAUGCAGAUGAAGUUCGAGGACAACACGUUCGACGCCGUCUACGCCAUUGAGGCCACCGUGCACGCUCCCGAGCUGGUGGGUGUCUACAAGGAGAUCUUCCGCGUGCUGAAGCCCGGCGGUGUCUUCGGUGUGUACGAAUGGCUGAUGACUGACGCAUACGACAACAACGACCCCGAGCACCGCAAGAUCCGCCUCGGUAUCGAGCAGGGUGACGGUAUCUCCAACAUGGUCAAGGUCUCCGAGGGUCUCCAGGCUAUCAAGGACGCCGGCUUUGAACUCCUCCACAACGAAGACUUGGCCGACCGCCCUGACUCCAUCCCCUGGUACUACCCUCUGGCCGGAUCCUUCAAGCACAUGGGCUCCAUCUGGGACUUCUUCACCAUUGCGCGCAUGACCUGGUGGGGCCGUGGCCUGGCCCACCGCUUUGUGGGUGCCUUGGAGAAGGUCGGAUUCGCCCCUGUGGGCUCCCAGAAGACCGCCGACAGCCUGGCUCUGGCCGGUGACUGCCUAGUGGCGGGUGGUGAGAAGAAGCUCUUCACUCCGAUGUACCUGAUGGUUGCUCGCAAGCCCGAGUAGACGGUCUCGGUUAUGUGAUAUCACGUCUGUACAAAAAUGUUUUGUGUUUUGACAGCAUCCCACACGCGCAUUCAUAGACAGUGGCGGCGGUCUAUGUUCUUUAAUAUCCGGGUGUUUUUCCAUUUGUUCUCUUUCCUUCUCUGAGUGUUAUAUUACUGCAUACCGCCGUGGGAUGUUUGUUUUAUGUCAUGUCCGUUGGGGGCAGUGUACGUAUCAUUGCUGAGUAUGUGCUCAUGGAUGAUGAUUUGGUUAGGUUAUAGUUAAUAGCGGUUACGAC